AUGGCGACUCAACCCAGUUUGUCGGGCGACGACAACUCUCGCAGAUUCCGCAGUCCAGGAAUAUUUGACCCGGCCAAGGAAGAUUGGAACAUGUAUCAAGUAAGGUUUGAGGCUGCACUUCGGGUGGCUAGAGUCACCGAAGAGGAAGACAAAACCAAUUUGCUCAUAACGUCGCUCACCCCUGAAGUAUUCAAACAUUUAUACAACCUUGUUCAGCCACGGGACAUUCUGUCCGUUGCAUAUUCUGAACUCACAAGGAAGCUUGCCGAGCAUUACACCCCAAAGAAGUUUAAAGAAUUUGAGAGGUGGAAACUUUUUUCAACCCGUCAAAACGAGUCGGAGUCUGUCAAAGACUUUUUGGAACGCCUUUCCGCCAUCAUCCCUCAUUGUGAAUAUGAAGCAGAAACCGAUGUGAGAGCAUGUUCUUUAUUAACUGCCUUCAUUGUGGGACUUCAUGAUCCACGAAUUCGCGCCCGUUUAGUCCUAGAGAAGGCUCUCACGCUUGAAACUGCUACCAACAUGGCUGACAAAACGUUGACCGCAGAAGCCGAGUCUCGCCAACUUCAUGCCGAGCAGACCGUGCAUAAGUUAGAAAAAAGAAGCGAUCAUGCAAGAUGUGUUCGCUGCGGCAAUAGUAAUCAUGACUCGGACACAUGUCGAUUCAGAGAUGAAGACUGCCAUAACUGCGGCAAAACUGGCCAUAUCGCUAAGAUGUGCCGUGCCAAUCGUCCUUCGAAAGGGAAGAAGAGCUAUCGGAACGUGGAGUAUGUUUCGGAUGUUUUCUUCGCGGGUACCGGUGAAGACAAGUUUGUGACUUGCCAGAUAGGGUCGCACGAUGUGCUGCUACAAGUGGACACCGGAUCGCAGGCCACUCUUCUCAAUACUUCUACCUAUGUUAGGUUAGGUAAACCCAAGCUGAAACAACCACGGUUCCGUCUUCGGUCUUUCAGCAAAGACGAUAUACCCCUUCGUGGCCAGACGGAAGUGGAAGUAUCUUAUGGUGGACGGAAGAGGAAGUUAGAAGUGUUCUUUACUAACAUGGAGCACACUAACCUACUGGGUAGAGAUUGGAUUCGUCACCUGGGACUGGAUCUUAAUGAGUUGUUCGUCGGAAGUGUUGUCAGGCCUGGAAGUUCACUCGAAAAGGUCUUGUCCAAGUUUCCCGACCUGUUCCAAUCCCGUCUGGGGAGGUGCACAAAGGCGAAGGUGCAUCUACAUUUCAAGGAGGCUGCUCAACCAAAGUUUUUUAAACCGCGUCCGAUUCCAUUUGCUACGAGGCAAGCAGUCGAAGCAGACAUCGAGAGACAAGUUAAGAACGGAGUGCUAACGCCGGUCGACGUUUCGGAGUGGGCUACCCCCAUCGUCGUCGUUCCUAAGCCGAAUGGGGCUGUUCGGGUUUGCGGGGAUUUCAGUGUGACGGUGAACCCGCAGUUGGCUGUAUCGCAGUACCCACUCCCUAGGCCUGAAGAGCUGUUAGCCGUACUCAAUGGCGGACAGCGGUUUUCCAAGUUAGACUUGUCGGAAGCUUAUCUCCAGAUGGAGCUCGACGACGAAGCACAGAAGGUCCUUGUCAUCAAUACGCACAAAGGACUCUUCCGAUUUACACGAAUGCCCUUUGGAAUCGCCUCAGCACCGGCAGUUUUUCAACGAAUCAUGGAGCAGGUCAUCGCAGGCAUACCGUCGGUUGCCUGCUAUUUAGAUGACAUCAUCGUCACAGGCAAAUCCGAUGAUGAGCAUUUGGACAAUCUCCAGCAGGUCUUUGGCCGACUACGCGAGUUUGGGUUUACACUGAAGCGCGAGAAAUGUGCUUUUUUUCGGGCCGAAGUGGAGUACUUGGGGCAUGUAGUCAACGCACAGGGUUUCCGGCCAUCGCCCAAGAAGGUGUCCGCAGUGCUCAAUAUGCCAGCACCCACGAACGUCUCCGAGCUGCGGUCAUUCCUUGGUAUGGUACAACAUUACGGAAAAUACCUAAAAUCGCUUGCUGAUGUCGUUGCGCCCCUCAAUGACCUCCUGAAGAAAGCCGUACCGUGGGAAUGGUCUUCGGGUUGUGUGGAGGCUUUUGAAAAGGUCAAGAUGAUGCUGGUAUCUGUGGACGCGCUUACGCAUUUCGAUCCUGCAAAACCCAUUUUCUUAGCCGCAGAUGCAUCUUCUAGAGGUCUUGGAGCUGUUAUCUAUCACAAGGUCGAUGGCAAAGACAUGGCAGUGGCACACGCUUCGAAGACAUUGACUGCCCCGGAGAAGAACUACUCACAGAUAGAGAGGGAGGCCUUAGCCAUCAUUUUUGGCGUCAGGAAGUUUCAUCAGUAUCUCUGGGGCCGGAGGUUUGUUCUGUACACGGACCAUAAGCCCCUGACCACGAUCUUUGGUCCCAAGAAAGGAAUUCCUGCGACAACCGCCAGUCGCUUGCAACGAUGGGCUUUGAUCUUAAUGAACUACAUCUUUGACAUUCAAUAUACGCCAACUGCGAAAUUUGGAAACGCCGACGGCCUCUCUCGUCUGCCUGAGGGUCCAGAUGGAGACUUUGACCGAGAGAUGGAACGGGGCAUCUUCGACGUCUUCCUGACAGAGGUAAACGUAGUGUUGGACCAUCAGGUCUCUACCUUACCCAUUUCCGUCGAGGAUAUUGCUGUGGCCACGUCACAGGACCCGGACCUGGCCAGGGUGGCUGCAUUCGUUUCCGGUGGUUGGCCGACGCACGUCGAUCCCUGUUUGGAAGCGUUCUUUCAACGCCGCACGGAGCUAACGAUCUACAAAGGAUGUCUGCUCUGGGGGAUACGAACGGUGAUACCACCCAAAUUCCGAAGUCCUCUGCUAAGUCUCCUUCAUGAGAGCCAUAUUGGACAAACAAAGAUGAAGAUGUUAGCUCGGUCCUAUUUGUGGUGGCCGGGCCUCGACAGAGAUAUCGAAAGGGAAGUGAGAAGUUGUGAGCCAUGCGCCUCUGUUGCUGCACACGAGGUACCGGUGCCACUUCACCAGUGGGAACCCGCAGAUAAGCCUUGGGUACGUCUGCAUGCCGAUUUCGCUGAGCUGAAUGGGAAGCACUACCUCAUAGUAAUAGACGCCUACAGCAAAUGGCCGGAAAUAGAACAACUGACAAGCACAGCUGCUGAGAAGACUGCUAUUGCUUUUUCCGACAUGUUCACACGAAAUGGCUUGCCAGAGGUUCUGGUCACCGACAAUGGUCCACCGUUCACCAGCAAGGAGUUUAAGAACUUCCUUCAGGCAAACGAGAUACGUCACGUUCUGACGCCGCCAUACCAUCCGCAAUCGAAUGGUCUCGCGGAGAACUUUGUGCGUACCUUCAAAACAGCCCUUCGCCGCGCAGCGCUGGAAGGGACGAAGGACAGUGUUCGUAGUUUCCUGUUCAAGUACAGGAUAACCCCGCAUGCCACAACAGGGCGCUCUCCCUGUGCAAUGUUAAAUGGACGUCAGUUUCGACACUUCCUAGAUUUUAUUCGUCCUGGUCAGCCCGAUAUCUCCGGUACAGUGCGCAUGUCGCGCGAACGUCAGAAACGCAACUAUGACAAGUGCAGCCGAGACAGGAGCUUUGGGAUAAACCAAAAGGUCUGGAUGUUGGACCCUGGCAAGAAAUCCCACUGGAAAGUUGGUGUCGUUCUCUCCAAACAAGGGUCGGCAAUUUACGUCGUCGAAGAUGAGCAGCAGAGGCGACACCGCGUACACAAGGACCACCUCAAGUGCCGGCACUCCGUUGAUUCCUGGCCUGACCAAGCUUCAGUUCCAGAGGUAUUCCGAAAAGACGAGGUUCCUCUUCCCCCUCCUUGCUGCCGAGAUCCUCGUCCAGAAGAGGGGAACCAGAACGACUUCCACGAACCCCAUGGUAACAAUGACGCUAUUGCUCCUGGUCAUCACGAGCCAUAUGUGAAGCUGUCUCAGAGUAAAGUCUAUACGAGCACCCCCGUGGUCAUCCUUGGUCCAGCAAGAAUACUCUCCCAUCACCACGCAGCACCCACGCCUCAUCAUCAGAAGCCGCCCUCUCCUUCCCCCGUUUCUAUGAAUGUCUAUAUUUAA